AUGCCGUAUUGGUCACGAGGGAANNNNGGCGUCACCUGGCCAGAGGGGCUCUAUGGUUUUGGUUGGGCGAUAAUUGCCAACAAGACGCCGCAUUUGGCUGAUGAUAUGUACGCGGCCAUCCGGAAAGACGCUUUUGUGGAACGUCCUAAGAACUCGCAGUUUGGGAGAGAAGGACUUGGCGCGUACUCCGACCGAGGAUACAUUCCGGUUAAAUCAAGUGUGUCCGAAGUCGUAUCGAGAGGCCUCAAUUUCGCCGAGGCCGACUCUGUGAUUGCAGCAGCAGCGUCCAAACUAGGACACUAUUCUGAUGCUAGCGUUCUCUAUAGUAGAGCUCAGAAUGCCCUGGAGAUGUCCUUUAACACUGAGAGCAAAUUGUUCGAGCCGCUCGAAGCUAGCGGGAACUGGAUUUCUCCGUUCGACCCGUCAUCGUGGUCAGCUGAGUUCUUUACUGAGGCUUCAGCUCGCCAGUAUCGCUUCUAUGCGCCUUUCAAUGUGGAUUUCCUCAUCACGAAGUAUGGUGGCCGAGAAGCACUCUGUGAGCACUUGGAGAAUCACUUCAGUGAACAGGUGUGCCCAGUUUACACAAGCGAUUAUCGGGGUAUAAUUCACGAAGAAACCGAGUUGGGACUUACGAGCGAAGAUUUUGGUCAAUAUGGUCACAAUAACCAGCCGUCUCAUCACGUCUUGGGUAUCGCUGUCGCCGCUCAGUGUUUCCACGUCGCUGAUAAGUACAUGGAAAAAGUUCUGACGGAGCUAUACACUCCUGAUGGAUGGUCCGGUGAUGAAGACAACGGUGAGAUGGCGGCUUGGUAUAUGCUUAACUCUUUGGGUUUCUACAUAAUUGAUUUUGCCAAGGACGAAUUACUGUUGUUCGCUCCCUUGGUAAAGGGAAACUACACAAUAUCAUUGCUAGGCGAGAAGACAGCAGUUCGGGUUGAGAACGUCGAUCUAAGCGGUGGGCACGCGAGUAGCCGUCCGUAUGUGUGUGAAGUACGUUGGUACCCGUUGUGUGGCAAUAUCAAUGCUGCUGAGCUCGAGCUGGAUUCGGCCAGAUCUGUUCGUGGGUUGACGAGAAUACCUGAGCCUGUUGAUUAUGUUGUCCUUGAAACUCGUCGACUGGCUCGUGCUGACUUCGUUAAAGGUGGAUGUUUGGUCUAUUUCACUAGUGCAUCACGUUGUUGAAGAGUAGAUAAGCAUAAGCCAAUAGUAUUAGAUACUUAUAAGUCUGGCUAUUUCACCCAUCCCUGUUAGAGGCCAUUGUGGACUAUUUGGCGCCUAGUUGUACUAACUCUGCUAGUAUCAGAGUCUGUAGUACAGAGUCUAACUCAUUUUGUAUCUGAUAUGACAUAGGCUUCAGUUUAUCCUGCUCAUCAUUGACUGUACUAAGAAAGCAUCUUGAUCGCAUAGUCUCUCCAUGGGUCUCUCCCCUGUCAAUGGAGAUCCAAGUCAAUAGACAAGCCUGCGUGCGAUGCUGGAAUCGAUUCUGAAUAUCGAUUUCGGGAAUCGUCCCCGAAGUCGUGUUCAAUAAACACGAUUUUGAAAGUUGAAAAUCGAUCCCGGAAGCGCUUUCAGAA